AUGAAUGAUAAAUCCUCUUCAAUCUCUGUUAUUAGGCCAGAAUGUAUGCAAUUUCAAGAAAAUAUAAUACUAAAUGAAUCUCAAUCAUCAACCUUAUAUUCUGAAAAGAUUUUUUUAACAUGGAAAGCAUGUAAAAACUUUCUUAAUGAAUGGGUUAAAGAUAAGGAUUUCAAAUUAUAA